ACAUACAUACAUACAUACAUACAUAUAUGCAUUAUAAUAUGCACGCAUAAAUAUAUGUGUGCAAAUAUAUAUAUACACACACGUAUGUAUGCGCAUACACUUUUUCUGUGUGUGAGGGCGUGCGUGUGCGUGCGCGUGUAAAUACGUGUGUAUAUAUGUGUGUAUGUGUGUGACUGUGUGUGUGUAUGUAUACGUAGCCACCACAAUUGGGGGAGGUAGUGCAGCGAAGAGGAAGAGGUAGGAUACUAAUGUAUGCUACCACAUGUAUGUAUGUAUGCAUAAGCUAAUGUUUGAAGAGGACUUUCUAACAUGCUCCCAUCGGUUGAAAGCGAAGCAAGAAUUUGGAAUUAAACUGAAUGCUACCGGUGGCAAGUGUGUUGCAGUGAAAGAUCUCAAAGACUUCACACAGUUUGGAAACACAACUAGGAUCCCAGCAGAUUUCAGGCAUCAGUUUAAGGCCAUCCUGGGGCAUCGCAUUAAGCCGAUGAUACCCUCCCUCCCACCUCUCCAAUGUAUAUUAUAUUUUGGUAUAUAUUUUAUCAGUGUCUGUUUGUCGAUCAACGAAGUUCCGGGAUAUAAAUACACGAAAAGUGGCGACCUGGCAGAAUCGUUGGCACGCCGGGCGAAAUGCCAAACGAAUCAAAAUGGUAGCGAAAUAUUUCUUUCGAAAUGUCAGCCCAAACUAAUUUGCUAUUUAUCGAUUUACAACAUAUUAUCAGGAAAUGUAAAAGUUUAUUGAUAACUCAUAGAAAAGAACUGUUUUGAAGAAUAAAACUUGUACACAAUCCACUGCCGAAAUAUGACUACAGUUUCCCGUAUAACAAAAUCCUGUUCUGGAAUGCUCAGAUUUCUAAGAAGAACUGAAAUUGCAGGAAACUAACUUAUGGGCCAAUAUUCCAAAGGAAUUCAAAAGUCAUCCCGUCUUUCUGCCUUCAUCGUUUAAGAGAGAAGUUUACUCAGAAAUUUGUGCGUUUCGAAUAUCAUAAAAAGAAACAGAAAAGAAGAUUCAGAGUUUCAUCAGCAGUAAUAAUUGUUUCAUGACGAACAAGAUUUAAUUAUCUACCAACUGAAGGAUAAGUGUGUCGACCAAUGCUUGAUGGUUUCAUGUUUUGAAGAAAACAAACAUUUAUUUACAAUAUGAACGACACUGACCAACGGCACCGUGUUGUGGUUCUAGGAGCAGGUGGGGUGGGUAAAAGUAGCAUCAUUAAACGAUUUCUUUUUGGGGCCUUUACAUCUGAAUACCACGAAACUGUUGAAGAUUUGUUCUGCCGACAGUACGAUAUCAGUGGUAGCCUUAUUAAAGUUGAUAUUUUAGACACGGCUGGAAACAUUCCAUUUCCUGCUAUGCGGCGUUUAUCCAUCUCUACGGCACAUGCUUUCACUUUGGUAUAUACGAUAACUAACGAAGCCUCAUAUAAAGAAGUCAAACAACUUUGGGAUCAAAUUAAGGAGGAGAGGCGAGAUUAUGAAAAGAUCCCUGUGGUCAUUGUUGGCAAUAAAGUUGAUUUAGAAAAUGACCGUAUUAUCGAAAAAUUUGACGCAUUAGACUGGGUCAAUAACGAUGGGCUCAAAGGAAAAUUUGUUGAAGUUUCUGCUAAGACUGGGGAAUGUAUAAAUGAUAUAUUCCGUAUCCUUUUAAUUCAAGCAAAUAUUCCUUCUGUUAGGCAGUUGGAACCGUUCCUGAAACGCCGCUUGUCACUGGAUCACACUGCAGAAGAACAAGGCGACACAGAUGAGGAGAAAAAAAAAUUUCUUAGAAGUCGAAGCUUAAUUAGAAGGGGUAGUAAACCGAAGAUCAAAAGAUCUGGACGCCCCGGUAAAAAUGAUUGUGGUAUAUCUUGAACUACUCUCACCAUUGCAAGUUAUUUCCGCCUUCUUUUGAGAUUGGAUCAGUAAAGCCUCAACCACUUUUACUCUGGUUCUUGCACUUUUGUAAACUUUUAAGUUCAACUUUACAAACGAGAUGAUGUUAUAUUAGUUUCAGCUGUUACAAUAGAUGUUAUUGUAAAUGUUAUUGUCUCCACACAUGUUAACGUGCUAUUUUCUAUCUACAAAAUAUUUCGGGACACUUUUUUCUAUAAACCCAAUCUUUUCACAUCACAGAUUUUUGCCUCUUUUAUCAACAGAAAUGGUUCUAAUUUCGAGUCUCCACAGUAAAUUUUGGGCAAAAGACUCGAACGUAAGUUCUUUAAACAUUACAUAUAUUUCGUCUAAUGAAUAUUUUAUACAUUUUCACUUUCAUUUUAAAAUUUAUAUAAAUAUGGGCUACCAAAUAAACAGUUAAUAUUCCAAAAAAAUAUUCCAAAAAAGUA